AUAAACUUCCCCCCGCGGCUGCUUGUGUUACCAUCAUAAUCUCUGUCCUACUUAAGACACAGAAAUGGAAGCAGUUUGCAGAACAGAGGCGUCCAGAGAAAAGAAAACUCCUACUCUGGGACCAUCCCUUGCAACGCAGCUUCCAGAGAGCACCAACUGCCUGGUGUGUUCAGAAGACGGCAGCUACCUCAGUCUGGGUCACUCCCAGGGCUUGUCUGUGUGGUGUGCAUCCUCUCUGAUCUGUGUUGCAGAGUGGCUGCAGGACAGAGUAGAAAUUACAUCUAUUCAAAUGACCAGGAUGGCCGAAGGGGCCUACAUGCUGGGCACUGUUGAUGAUAUGGGUGUUGCCAGAGUCUUUGCAUAUCGCUGUGAAGGCAUCCACCUGCUCAGUGUUAUUAACAUCAUGGAGAACAUCAACGAAAGGAGAAUUUGCUUGACAUUUGAAGUAUCUGAUGGGGGAGAUUAUGGAGCUGCAUCCAUCAGCUGCAACGGUGCCCUUUGGCUCGAGCUCUAUCACUUCCCCUCAGAAGCAUGGCUGAGAGAGCUGGAGAUGGCACGAUCACAAAAACAGCACCCAAACUCGUCUGGAGAUGUUGAUGUGAAAUAUUCUCCAGUUUCAGUGGUGAUUAAGAUCAAGCCACCCAAAAUCCCAACAGGGAGAACAUCAGAUGGUCCACUUGAGGGCUUGCAAAUGACAGACUUUCUGACACACUGUUUGGCUCUGGACAUACACACCAGCAGAAGUUGUCAACAGGAGCUACAUCCAUUCAGUACAGAAGCAGGAAAAAUGAAGGAAACAGAUGAAAGCCCAAGACGAUGCACACACCAUUUUCUUCUGCCUUGUGGUCAGUUUCCUGGUGGCAACAAACCAGCGUCUCAGCCAGGAUUGCCUGUUGCUGUCUGUGUGUGGUGGAGUGGCAGCCAUAAUCUUCUUCAGUAUUUGCUGCAGAAAGCACCAAAGAACAAACCGGACAUGGAACCUAUGCCAGAUGCACUGUGGCCAAAUGCAAAGGAAAUCCUCUGCUCUGCUGUCAGUAGAUGCACCCGUUACAUAGCUCUUGGCCUCGAUGAUGGUUUGGUGUGUGUCUGGGACAGGCAAUCCGGCUCUUCAUUGUCUGUUGUCUUAGUGUCCGCAACAGACAGUGGCUUCUUCAGGAUGCAAUUUGUCGAUUACUGGCCUGUGUCUGCUGAUGAUCCCCAGGCUUUUACCGUAGCAAAAGUCAAUCUUUUGGUGUUGUGUAAAAGCGGAACGAUUUACACAGUCACCACAGGACGAGGGACGCUAUCCGGCUCAGUGCAGCUCACUGAAAGGUCAAAACACAGCAGGGAUCUCCCGGCUGUCGCUGCAUCAGUGCCAUUCCUGCAGUUUUUGUUGCUAGUGGUGCGAAGAAAUGGAACAAUGCUCCUCCAAGAUGCUGUCAACAAAACCACCGUGUGUUUCUUGAUUCCUCCCACAACUCAUAUGAUUGCUACUCCCUGCAAUCCUGUUUAUGCUCUGAACACCAAACAGCAAACUCUGUACAUAAAAGGUGACCAGGAACCCAGCUGCAGUGUGCCUUCAAAGGGAGGAAGCCAAAGUCAGCUCUUCAGCUUCUGUUUUGGAGAGUCUGAUAUCAUUAAACACUAUAUUGUUUCACUUCCAGACUCUCAACAACCACAAGAAUCACUGAGGUGUGUCGCUCUAGAGGAAGCCUGUGAUUCAUACCUUCAGCAAAGAGUGGUGUCUGUGGAUGAAAGGAAUAAAGCUUUACGGCAGACUUGGAAGCAGCUAGAAGAAACUGCAGCGAAGGUGCAGCAGAGAGACAGCAGAGCUGCAGCCAGCUGAAGGACUGCAGGGAACACUGGUACUAUUGCAUUUACUGUUUGUGUGCAUGUUUAUUUUAGUUUUAAAGCCUUGAGUGCAGUAAUGUAUAAAACUUUUUUGACAAAUCUGUAAAUUAAGUGAAUCUGAUUUAUAUAAAAGUGUUACCUUAAGACAUUUCCUUAAAAAUAUUUUUGAAUGCAGAAUUGUCUAUUACAGACACAUGGUUUAUUUUGUGCACAUAGAAUCUUUGAAUGCUGCUGUACAAUCCACACUGUACGUCCCUUUCAUACCUACUGAAUAUAUUAAUUGUAGAGUUGAGUAACAUUUAUAUAUCAAUAAAUAAUUACAAAAUGA